AUGUCAUCCAACAAUCAGAUGAGCCGCCGAGCGCCAUCCAAUGGGUUUCUCUCUUCGGUGCAACCCUCAGGACCGGGCCUCAGCAGUUCCGUCUCAGCACAAUAUUUGCGCCCAGGCAGGCCUCACCGAGCAAGCUCAACGGCCUCCCUCACGACAAAGGAUCGAGGGCCUGCCGCGGAGGAUGUUCAGGGAGGAAUCACCGCCCUACCUCCACUCACUCGUCCGAUACCGAACUCUGGUCAGAGAAUGUCAUCCUUACCACGUCCGAGUCUCGAAGGCGCAAGAUCGAUUUCCUCUCCAGCAUCAACUGUCUCUCCGCUCACCCCGGCAUCGUCGAUGCCUUCGUCUCUGUCCAGUCCUGGCACGACGCCUUCGUCCCUGUACCCCUCGAGCCAGCAGCCAUUGACCGGGACUGCUACGCCAAAGCGAGCACGUAAUGUUCUACGCCGCAAGGCACCGACAAUCGGAACCUAUUUGGACCAGGGUCAAUCGCAGAAACUCAGCCUGGUAAUCCCAUCGUCCACCCUACCAAUCAAGUCGGGAGGCGUUCAAAGAUCAACUCCCGUAGACACUCAAGCCAAGGGAGCCUCUCGAUACCAAAGCAAGAAAGAGAGCGCGGAAGAUCAUCAGCGACAACGCCCAAAGAUACAAGAACCCAUCGAACUGGCAAGCCUUCGCACAAAUGUCGACAAACACAGCGCUCCUCCUUCAACGACAACUCACUACCCCUCUGCGGGUACUCCAUCAACUCGUUACUCGGAAUCUCCAGGCGCUCCCAGCAUCUGGAGCCGGGGCUCUACUCCUACGUCUUUGUCCUCCUAUUCCCCUGGGAUCAUCAAUUCUUCCAAAUUCAGUCGCAUGAGACAACCUAGCCCCUCUCAACCUCGACUCCCUCUCUUCUCCGCGGCUCCGACCCCGACUAGUCCCGAAAGCCGCUCAGCGGAGCGAUCAGCUUCAAAGACACAGAGAUCAGGCUUACCAAGAAGAUCACUUGGGCUCGGUUCAGCUACAAUUCAAACAGUCCAAGGCCAAGGUAGUCGACAGACGACUUCCAGCAGUAACGAUGAUCAUCCAGACCGUCCUUCCCAGCAGGAUUCGCAAGUUGACUGCAGUCCGCCCAGAGACGGUCCGUCCAAGAACCCAGAGAUUGACAUCGAUGAGGCAAGGGAGGAAGUCGAGGAAGUGGAGCGUGAGCUCUCCAAGUUGCAACGAGUAAGGUCUUUAUCAGUCACCAGAGUCGAGGCUCCCAAAGUACCACAAACACCACCACGUCCAAGCCGCGAGGGCACCCACCAACUGGAACUGGAAACCUCGCCUGUGAUCCGAAGUAACUUGCCCUAUCUCAAAUCGACGGGGCACAAACGACGAGAGUCGAUGGAGGCACAUCUGAGUGCUUUAUCCCAGUCUACAUUGCCCUCCACGGAAUCGCUCCUUUCUACUGGAAAUCUCUCCGGGCUCCCCUCUCGCGAGAUCAAUCCCCAAAUUCUGGCCCGGAAAUCACCAAAAACCUUGACGAAAGAACCUCCCCUUGAAGGUACCGACGCCAAUGCAUCGAGCGCUCCCAAGCGAUUCGGUUUCUUCUCGCGGAAAACUAGAACUAACUCCGAAGUGACCUCCGAGGACAAGACGCGAGCGAUAAGAAAAGGCCCGGCUGCAGGAACUGGUCAUGAAGGAUAUGGGAGAUAUUCUUCUCAACGUGGCCGCCACCCAAGCUCCGGUGCCAGUGGAACACGGGCUCGAUCAACCAGUACCAAUCGAAGCACAUCUCAGUCGGCCACAAGCCGAAAAGGAAGCACAUCUUCAAGUCGACCGGACCUUGAUCUAGAUGAUUUCUUGUCCAGUCGCCUGGAGCCUGUUAUCAUCAAUGGUGGGGGUAUGGAUGGGGCAUCCUUGUCCCGAACUGUGAGCGAACAAAGUAUUAGCAGUAUGAGCGUCACAUCGUCCAAUCUACCCCGGCUCGCGACACUCACUCCAUCUACCGUCCAAUCGACAGAGUCUUUAGCGACAUCCACUGGGACAACCAGUGACCCGGGCUCAUUUGCCCGGACGAAGAAUGCCACGUCUGCAAACAAGACUAGGGCUCCUUUGAAGACUCAACCGUCCUCUGAGCGGCGCACAUCACGAUCUCGUAUGCCCGUUCCCAAGGGCACCAAUUCUUCUGGUUUCUACUCCCUUCCUAGUGCCGCGACAACCAGCACUUCACUGUCGGGCAACACUUCCAACACCCUCAUCUUGCCAAGACUGAAGCCCGCGCCCGCUGCAUCCGAGCAGCCCCCGAAGGCUGUGAGGAGUGAACCAAUCGAGAACAGAAAAGAGAAGACUUCACGUUGGAACUUGUUUCAAAGGGGCCGUGUCAACGAAUCGAGUGUUGUCGUGGAGCCUCAAGUUUCCACUGCGUCGCAAACAGCUUCCUUGCACGCUGCAAUUUCGCCAGCGCUGAACCGCCGCCCUGUUGCUCACUACGCUUUAGUAGACACAGACUCUGACGAGAUUGAUGAUAUAAUUGGCCGGAUAGAGAAUUCUCCCCCCACAGAGGAGGAGAGGUACGAUGUUGCCCUUCAGACGUCACCCAACUUGGACCUCCAGAAAAAGGCCGAUUCGACUCAGCUGCAGCCGCCCCCUUUGAUUCGUGGUGAGACUGAGCGAUUCUGCAAUUUUACCCCAAAGACUACAAUGGGACCUGGCAGUGAGAAUAUACCUCAAUUUGAAGACGGUCACAGAUCACGAAGACCGCAGCGGCUGGCUUCGGUUGGCCGAAUUCCGCAAGUAGUGUCUAGGCGAGAUCGACAUCACAUGCCGGGCAUUCAUUCCUUCUCUCGGCCAUUCAGCGUUGCUGAGUCACCUUCUGUGAUGGCUCCAGUCGUCGAACCCUCAUAUGGUCACGAUACGCUCGGAGGACUUCCAUGGACUGAUAAUCAAAGCAAGCCAGGCGAAUGGGGCCAUGGAUUCAACCCAGCUUUCAGUGCUCCAGAGGCUGUGAGUGCUUUAGAAUUUCUUGCCGGUCCUUUUGUUGCUGGCGAGCUUCUUCAAUUCUCCCCUCACAAGGGGUCAGUCUCGUCGGCGAGCUCGGAGGCUACCGCAGCUGUCACAGCUGUUCUCCCUCGACCGGGAACCGCACCGACAGAGGAUGAGAUUUGGAACGAGUAUGACGAUCUUAUCGAUCAUGUGCUUUCACCAGAAACGCCGGCUCCGAAAGAGCCUGCGACGAAUGAAGAGAGUGACCGAUUUGAGAUGGCGACCUCCGCUAGCAAGGCUCUACAGGACGGACUGAACCGCAUGUUGUCUGAUCAACCACGACCUGCCUCAAUCGAAGACUGUCCCACCACACCUGACGGGCAGGAGUCACCUUAUGUACGUCGUUCGACAAUUGUCUCAGCUCUGGAGCCACCCCUAGCACCAUCGACCCAGGCAUCCUACAGCAAUCUCAUUGCCAGCUAUGGUGAUCCCGAGGUCAUGUACAGCCCGGUGCAGCACCCUACUCGACCUCCCCCGGACCCGGUUCAUGAGCAACAAUCUAAUUUCCUUCAGUCGCUUGCCGCCACACAUGCUCCCAACUCCAGAAGGCAUGGCCGAGGAGAAUUCCCGGGUUGCUCCGAGCGCGAAUGGGACGCUGUAACUCACAUCAACAUGCGAUCGGCAUCCCUUAUGACCAGUCGAUGGCUGUCCUUUGGGCGGGUGCUGUUCAGCCCGGCACAUAAUCACGUCAAGUCUGGCACUCACGGAAGGAUCCUCGUGAUUGAUGGACUGGGUAACGACGACUGGUCUUUCUAUUGCUCUCUGACAUACCCAGAUGCCGAGGUUUACAGCCUCAGUGGACGGCCUGUCUCGACGGCUACUCCUCAUCCGGCUGCAUGGCAACCUCCAGCGAACCACCACACUGUUUACCAUGCAGGACUGCAGAAUCCAUUGCCCUUCCCCAAGGACUAUUUCACCGUCGCUGUCCUGCGAUUCCCCGCUGCGAGCUCGGAGGCUGUGCAGAGCAACAUCAUCCAGGAAUGUCGUCGUGUGCUACGCUCCGGCGGGUAUCUCGAGAUGAGUCUUCUCGACCGAGAUCUGGUCAAUGUGGGAGCUCGCACUCGGAAGGCCAUCCGACGCCUAAAGGAGACGACCUACCUGACGGAUUCUGCAAUCAGUCUCAAGCCGGCGAGUGACAGUGUUCAGCGACUCCUCGGCACACAAGGAUUUGAUAAUCUGCGUCGGUGCAUGGUUAGCAUCCCUGUUGCUGGCAUGGUAGUCCGGUCGUCUGGGUCAACAACAUCUUCCUCUGACAAGUCCAUGUCGGCAUCUGCCGCCACUACCGCGACGACGGCCUCUACCCAGCCCGCCGGAGCCUCUGCCUCCAGUCCGAUGAAUGCGUCUUUGGCAUCGGAGGACAACCCUUCUCUCGGAGAUCUCCUGUCCGACCCUUCCCCCUCUGCAGCGAACGACGAGUCUAUUGCUAAGAUCGUGGCUCGCGUUGGUCGCUGGUGGUAUACAAAGUGUUAUGAAGAGCCGGCUCUUCAUCACCUUGAGGCCAACGACCGCAGCGUUUGGAAUGACCGCAAGGUCCUCCGCGAGUGUCAGAAGCGCGGAACCGGAUUCCGAAUGCUUAUCGCUUAUGCUCAGAAACCGAGUCAGAAGCGGCGCACCGCAAGCGUGUGA